CACACAGAUCUUCUUCUACCAUUCGGUACCUAACCCCUUUCUCUCAUAUCAUCAGACGCAGUUAGCGGAAAAGCUCUGCAGCUCUGCUCUCUGUCCUGUCCUUUGAAUUCAUGCAUUAAUCUUAUUAAUUCCCAGAAGCCCGUUGAGUUUUUGGGAUGAUCCAUACACACCACGGCUGAUUCCCAUAUUGAUCGUGUCAUCGUUAUCGCCGUCACGGCCAAUCCGAGGAGAGUUCUAGCAUCCCGCCACUGUAGGAGAAGACCCGAAGAGUCUGGAUUAGCCUGAAUUGGUAUCUUGGACUUGGAGGGGACAGGGAUCAAUGGAGGGCCCACCGUCGUCUUCUUCCUCUUCUCCUUCGAAGACUGAGCUCCUUGACGCCCCGCUGAGUACCAUCGGGUUCGUCAUUGGGGAGGUGUCGCCGCGCAGGGUCACUGGCAGUCUUUCCGUCAACGAGAAGUGCGUCCAGCCGUUCAAGGUCCUACAUGGAGGGGUGUCGGCGAUGAUAGCGGAGGGGCUGGCAAGCCUGGGGGCUCACAUGGCGAGUGGCUACAAGAGGGUUGCUGGGAUUCAUCUCAGCAUCAACCAUGUCAAGAGUGCUCUCCUGGGAGAAGUUGUCCAUGCCGAAGCCACCCCCGUCAGUCGAGGCAAUACCAUCCAGGUGUGGGAGGUUCAGCUGUGGAAGGCUAAUCCUCAGAACCCCAAGGAAAGGUUGCUGGUCUCCUCUUCCCGCGUGACUCUGCUGUGCAACAUGCCCGUGCCCGAGCGCGCAAAAGACGUGGACAAGAUUAUCAAGAAAUACGCCAAGUUGUGAAGUCUCAAGGCUGCUGUUCUUUCUUUCAAGUUUGAAAUGAGUGUCUUCCUCGUCCUCCCACUGUUUGCUUCUUCUUGUCUGCUCAGGGUAUGUGUAUUCAAGUGAAUCCCAACCGGAAAAAGAAGUGGCAAUGAGUUGCGUUGUGUAUUCAUAUAACAGACAGAUUUGAGCUUCAGCUCAUAAUGUAUAAAAUGUAAUUCGCAUCUGAUUGUCAAUAGUGGAAAAGUUUCUCC